AACUCUCACUCACUUGCCUCCUCAUUGGCCUCGCUCUUUUGGUCUGGUAGCCCCACUCUUAUCUGGAUGACACCCAUGUCCCACUUUGGUCUCGGGUGGAUUAGAUAUUUAUGUUUAUCAAUACUAUUCUAAUCCUAAAUUAUGCUUUGCCGUCGUUUUUGUACACUCGAGAAAAUACGGACAGUACAAGUACGUGGGACGGUGGGAAGAACUCCAACGGCGAGUUCCCACGUGACACCUUCACGCUCUCCAGGUGACGCGUGGAAAGUUGUCUCCAAGUCUACGCUCUAUAAAGUGUGAAAAAUCUUCAACCAGACUCAUACUUGGCAUUUCUCACGUGCACUCCCUACACGUGUUCACCAUCUAGGAGAGCCACUAGUCAACCCUCAGCUCAUCUGACGGUUCACAACACGCUAUAUAUAUCACAAGCCACAACGAAGUUCCUGUUAACUGUGGAGAGAAAGCCAGCGUGAAUGAGUGCUUCCAACUUCCAAGUUACAACAACAACAAUGAAAGCCGUUCUUCUUCGAACCGGUUCGGUCCCUGUCCAGUCAUCGCUCUUCCCCGGUUCACCGAGAGUAUCCUUCGGCGUUCACGACUCUGUAACCAGAGUAUUUUCCCGUGACAAGACCAGCCUCAAUUCCCCCAGGUUUUCCCUGCAUUUUCAGAACAACAGCCAGGGAGAGGUUCCGGCUAGGAGAAUCCGGCGAGCGUUGUCAGAGAGCGACAUUAUCCGGUCGGAGAGUGGGAUUUCGAAGUUGAAUGGAGUCGGAUCUCACUCUUUUCCUGCUAGGAUACCUGAGGAGGAGGAGGAGGAGGAGGAGGACAACGACGAUGAAGGAGGACCACUGAUUGUAAAGCAGAAAAGUGUUGAUCUGGAGAAUCACGCCGGGUCUUGGCCGGAAAUUGGAAUUCCUGUGGAAGAGCUCGGGUUUUCAGGCGGCGGUGCUGACGGUGAUGGCAGCGGUAGCUUCACUGGUGGUGGCAACUGUGAUCGGCGGAAGCUCGCGGCUUACUAUGAAGAAAUGUUGAAGUUAAAUCCGGGAGAUUCUCUUCUUCUGAGAAACUACGGGAAGUUCUUGCACGAGGUAGAAAAAGACGCGAUAAGAGCAGAAGAGUAUUAUGGAAGGGCUAUACUGGCGAGUCCUGGAGACGGAGAAGUGUUGUCUCUGUACGCAAAACUGAUAUGGGAGACAGAAAGAGACCAGGACAGGGCCCAAUGUUACUUCGAUCAAGCUGUUUCUGCUUCUCCAAACGACUGUAUGGUGAUGGGAUCGUACGCCCAGUUUAUGUGGGAAGCAGAGGAAGAGGAGGAAGAGGAGGAAGAGAAUGAAGUAAUUAAGAUAGAGGGAACCAUGGCUGAGGCCUUCUAACCAAUCUCAUCAUAAUGGGAAAAACCAGUCAACAGAGAAGCCAUCGAAUGAAGUAUGAGUGUAUGACUAACUAACUACAUAUAUAAAUGUACAAUGAAUGAUAAUAACAAGUCAUGCCCAACUACCGGAAAGUGGAAACUGGAGGAAGGACUCUAAAAGAUAAGAGACUCCAUGAGGCUGUUUGGGCUGUGGGAUGACUUCAUUUUGGUUUUUUUGGGGUUUUUUUGGGUUUUUUGGGCUUCUCUUUUGUAAGUAGGAAAACCUUGGCCUUCUUGUAUGAUUUCUAUUAUAAGUAUAGUGGCAUGUGAUAUCAUGUUAUUGUAUAAUUAAUGGAAAAGUCAAUCUGGUUAGAUAAUCA